UAUAUACAUGGCUCCGUCGUCGCAGCACAUGUAGGGGCAUGUGAAGGUCAGUAGCAUCUGGCCACCCUACUCAUUCAGUGUAGGCUUGUAGCUGAGUGAGUGACCUUCAGUUAUCUGCCAUGCCGACGACAACGGUGGAAAGGGAGGAUGGAGUUGCGGAGGAGCAGAAGAACAGGACGAAGCAGGGAGGCUACAGGACCAUGCCAUUCAUACUGGCGAACGAGAUCUGCGACCGGUUCGCCACGGCCGGCUUCGGCGCGAACCUGAUCACGUACCUGACGCAGCAGCUGCACCUGCCGCUAGUGGAGGCGUCGAACACGCUGACCAACUUCAGCGGCACGUCCAGCCUCACGCCCAUCCUGGGCGCGCUCGCCGCCGACGCCUUCGCCGGCCGCUUCUGGACCAUCAUCGCCGGGUCCGUCUUCUACCAGGUCGGCAUGGUCGCGCUCGUGGCGUCCGCGCUGCUCCCCUCGCUCCGGCCCGCGCCGUGCGCGCCCCAGAGCGCCGCGUGCCGCCGCGCCACCGGGUGGCAGCUCGCCGUGCUGUACCUCGCCCUGCUGUGCACGGCCCUCGGCUCCGGCGGCAUCCGGCCGUGCGUGGUGGCGUUCGGCGCCGACCAGUUCGACGACCAGCAGCAGAAGGGCGGCGGUGAGGCCGCGGGGCGGAAGCGGAGGUACUUCAACCUCUACUUCUUCACCAUGGGGUUCGCGGUGCUGCUGGCGCUGACGGUGGUGGUGUACAUCCAGGAGAACGUUGGGUGGGGGUGGGGUUUCGGGAUCCCGGCCAUCGCCAUGUUCGUCUCCAUCGUGGUGUUCUUGGCCGGUUACCCGCUCUACGUCCGGCUAAAGCCAGGGGGCAGCCCCUUCACGCGGCUGGCGCAGGUCGUCGCCGCGGCGUUCAACAAGCGCCGCGCCGCCGUGCCGGAGGACCCCGGCAUGCUGUUCCAGGACAAGGAGCUCGACGCGCUCAUCUCCACCAACGGCAGGCUGCUGCACACCAAUCAGCUCACCUUCUUCGAUCGAGCUGCGAUCGUAACGCCGGGGGACAUCACCGGCUCCGGCGAGCCGGACCUGUGGCGGCUGUCCACGGUGCACCGCGUGGAGGAGCUCAAGUCCAUCGUCCGCCUGCUGCCCAUCUGGUCGGCCGGCAUCCUGCUCGCCACCGCCGCGUCGCACAACAACACCUUCACCAUCCAGCAGGCGCGCACCAUGGACCGCCACCUCACCCCUCGCUUCCAGAUCCCGCCGGCGACCAUGUCCAUCUUCACGACCCUCGCGAUGCUCGUCAGCCUCGCCCUCUACGACCGCGCCUUCGUGCCCCUGGCGCGCCGCGUCACGGGGCUGCGCUCCGGGAUCACCUACUUCCAGCGCAUGGCCAUCGGGCUGGGCAUCUCCAUCCUCGGCGUCGCGUCGGCCGCGCUCGUCGAGGUGAAGCGCAGGGGGGCCGCCGCCGGCCACGGGCUGCUCGACGCCCCGGCCGCCGUGGUGCCCAUCAGCGUGUUCUGGCUGGUGCCGCAGUACGCCAUCCACGGCGUGGCGGAGGCCUUCUCGUCGGUGGCGCACAUGGAGUUCCUGUACGACCAGGCGCCGGAGAGCAUGCGCAGCAGCGCCGCCGCGCUCUUCUGGCUCUCCAGCUCCCUCGGCAACUACAUGGGCACGGUGCUCGUCACGGCGGUGCAGCGCGCCACGCGGGGCGGCGGCGAGUGGCUCCAGGACAACAUCAACCGGGGCAGGCUGGACUGCUACUACUGGCUCGUCACUACCCUCAUGGUGCUCAACCUUGGAUACUACCUCCUCUGCUUCCAUUUCUACACCAUGAAGCCAUUGGAGGUGGCAGACGAAGACAGCGACGAGAAGGAGUGUGAGCUCUCCUCCGUCCACAAAAAUGGCGGCGCCGGCGCCGGAGGUUUGGUGUGAGGUAGGUAGAUUAGGAGAGAAUUUCACUAGGGUGGAUAAUGUUGUUAGUUAAUUGGCUGCACAUGCAUGCACAGUAUAAUGGUUGCAAUCUUUAUUGGAGCCUUUAGAGUGGGGAUUGGUGUCUUAAUUUGGAGCUAGCACUGUAUGCAUCCUCCAGUAGGAUCCAAAUGUGACGAUCAUGAUCAUGCCGCGAAAGGCAAUCCUUAUAAAUAACAUAUUAUAGUGUA